AGAUAAAUAAUAGGACCCUAGCCCCUACCAGAUAGAUUGAUGAUUGGAUUGGAUUUGGAUUGGAUGAAUUGUAUGGAUUAAACGUGGCAGCCAAAAGCGCCAAAGGCCACAUGGAUAAAAUUAUGUUCGAGAAGCUACACAUACAACGCAAGCAGGAUACACAAAGCUCACAAGCACUAUUUUGACUGGCUGACAGCAAGUUGCUAUGGUAAGUUGAGAUAAAACUCUGCUUCACUUUUAUCAUUAACUGUAAAAUGAACAGCGAACAAGGCGAUUUGUUGUGAAAGCCCUCACAGAUUUCGUAGUAGUGGCAUGUGAUUUUCAUUUUAACUGUUUUGUGAUUGAUUGCAGUGCAACCAGUCAUCGUUGUUGAUUACUUAAUAGCGGCCGGUGACAUCAUUGCAGUUUCCUGUUACCUGAGCUAGAUUUGGAGUUUGUCAUGAAGCAUAAAAACAAUAAUAAUAAUAAAGCAGCUUUCAAGCAUGCUAAUGCUGGACAACGGUCUCAUCCAAGAUCUCAGCAUCAUACUUCAGCUGGAAAUUUCAAGGACAAAAAGUUUGGCUACAAGAAAAAGGCUGGUCAAGGUCCUGUUGGCAGUGCAUUUACUGAUAAACAGAAGGGAAUCAUGCGACAUUACCAUCGUAUUUUGAAGAAGGAAGAGAAGAAAAAUGCAGCUGGUGCCGAGGGCAGCGAGGGUGUGUCGCGGCUGAGACACAGUAUUGUUGAAAAUAAGAAGCGCAUGAAGAUGACGGCGUACCAGAGGGCGCAAAUGGCAUACGAGGCGAAGGAAGCCGAAAGAAAGCAGCGAAAGGAAGAGGAGGAAAGGCAGGCGAAGGAGAGGGAGGUCGCGCUGAAGAAGUACAGGAAAAAGAAGUUUGAACGACUGCACAAACUCUCCAAGAAGACCAGUAAAGGACAGCCGGUCAUGAGAGGAAGGAUCGAGGUCCUCCUGGAAAAGAUACAAGGUAGCAUGGCGCAAGGGGACUGACUGUUGAGUGAUGGCUGGCUUUGUCUAUGAACGUAAUGUUUGUGUUGAAAUUGUUGGUACGUGCUAGCACAUCGACCCACUGGUGUAAGAACGGACUGCAGGGGGUUUGGCUCGAAAGUGCGUUAUCUGAAGAAAAUGUGCAAACUGCAAUUUAUGGUGGGAUUCACAUUGUCAUGCGAGACAUUUAUGUCACCGAUGGUUUGCAUCUAAGACUGAGCGCACUUCAUGGCACCCAGCUCUGGAUGGGGACAUGUGUGCGUAUUGUGUAUGUCAUACGGUUAUGGUAAACAUGAUUUCCUUGAUUUGUA